AUCGCCUACGUCUGCCAGUUUUCUCCCGGCUGCCUCCUCCCCUCUUACCCAAAUCCCAAACAAACGAACAUGGCGGAUUUUGAAGAGCGGCGGAGUCUUUUGGGAGAUGACGAUGAGGGGUCGUUAUCCGGCAGACAGGCGGCCAGGGGACCCGGUAGACCACUGCCAGCCAUCUGCGACCCCAGCCACCUCCUGCACCGAAUCGUUGUCCUGAUAUUCAUGUGCUUCCUGGGAUUCGGAAGUUACUUCUGUUAUGACAACCCAGCUGCACUUCAGACUGAAGUCCUCCAGGAUAUGAACCUAAACACUGCAAAGUUCAUGCAACUAUAUGCCUGGUACUCCUGGCCCAACGUGGUUCUCUGCUUCUUUGGGGGAUUCCUCCUCGACAGGGUGUUUGGUAUCAGGCUGGGAACCAUCAUCUUUUCCCUGUUUGUCUGUGUUGGACAGGUCAUAUUUGCUACUGGAGCUUUAGUAAAUCGUUUCUGGCUGAUGGAAGUUGGACGUUUUGUGUUCGGUAUUGGAGGAGAGUCAUUGGCUGUGGCCCAGAACACCUAUGCAGUCAACUGGUUUAAAGGAAAGGAGCUCAAUUUGGUGUUUGGCCUUCAGUUGAGCAUGGCUCGCCUGGGCAGCACAGUGAACAUGAACAUCAUGGGCUGGGUGUACAGCAAAGUUGUGAACCUCGUGGGCUCUCCUGGACACACUGCACUAGGCGCAUCACUCAUGAUAGCUGCGGUAACCUGCAUAUUCUCACUGACCUGUGCCUUGGUGUUGGCAUUCCUUGAUAAAAGAGCAGAGAAAAUCCUUCACAAGGAACAGGGCAAAACAGGUGAGGUGAUCAAGCUGACAGACGUGAAAGACUUCCCCCUCCCCCUGUGGAUCAUCUUCAUCAUAUGUGUGUGCUACUACGUGGCCAUUUUCCCUUUUAUUGGACUGGGACAGGUGUUCUUCAUUGAAAAAUUCAACUUCUCCCCAGCUGAAGCCAGAGCUGUCAACAGUAUCGUGUACAUAAUCUCAGCCCCUGCAUCUCCAGUUUUGGGCUUCCUAGUUGACAAGACAGGGAAGAAUGUGGUUUGGGUCAUAUGUGCAGUGGUCACCACACUUGCCUCUCACAUGAUGCUGGCCUUCACCUUUUGGAACCCGUGGAUCGGCAUGUCACUGCUGGGUGUCUCCUACUCCCUACUGGCCUGUGCACUGUGGCCCAUGGUGGCCUUUGUGGUACCUGAGCAUCAACUUGGGACUGCUUAUGGCUUCAUGCAGUCAAUCCAGAACCUGGGACUUGCUCUAAUUGCCAUGGCAGCAGGAUCCAUACUAGACACCAGAGGAUAUCUGUUUUUGGAAGUGUUCUUCUGCGCCUGCAUCUGCAUUGCACUGAUAGCGGUGGUGAUGCUCUACUUUGUGGAUUAUCUCAGAGGAGGAGAUUUGAACCGGUCAGCCUCAGACAGAGCCAAACUCCAGAAAGAAGGCACUUCAGACGCAGAAUGAUGAUGAUGAUGAGGGAACACACACAUGGUCCUGGGCUUCAGAGCCAGCAGGCUGCAUUGUCUACCCCAGAGCUGUCAAUCAUCUGCCAUGGGGCAGUACUGCACUACUGACUCCGCCCAGCGCUGUCAUCUGUGGCUCUUCCCAACAGAACUGACUGUCUGGCCCUGGCUAUUACAUAACCCACCAUGUAUUAAUAGCUGAUUACAUCCAAAUCGACACUGACAAAUGACAAUGCUCAGUUUGGACUCCACAGUUACUGACAUCUACUCCAUUAUUUACUCUACUGACACCUGUGUGCGUCAAACUUCAGCAUGAAUUUCUUCAGUUUCAGAGGAAGGUUUAGAUGCUUGAAAAGUGUUUUUAAAACAUUUUAAAUGUCUUAACUGUUGAACAGAAGAUAA